AUGUUUCGAGCCCAACCCCUCGACGAGCUCGCAAAAGCUUUGGCUGAAGAAUCCAUCGAUAAACGGCAGGUUGCGUGGCCUCUCGGCUUCCGAUCUCCUCGGGUAGAACUCGCAGCUGAACUGGCGGCGGCCGCCGACGAUGAUAAGUCGAUCGUCGGGGAGGAUGUGGUUGGUGGCGUACCAGCAGCGCAGGGCGAGGGCAGGGUUGAUCUCCUGCCAGUCGUAGGAGGCGUCAGCGGCAGCGUAGGGCUUGUAGAGUCGGGCGGCGCGAUCGCCGUCGUUGUAAUCGUCGGUCUGGAGGACGGUGCCGUUUGGGAGGACGGCGGUGGAGGAGCACCAGGUGUCGGUAGAUCUGAUCUGAUCUUAUUUGAAGCGAAUGCAGUGCCUUAUGAUUACACAUACACAGCUGAGUGUUUGGCAAGACCUCUUGAGGCUCAGUAUAGUGGAGGAGUAGUCGUGAAUCCAGAACUAAACGAAGGAUUGAAAGGAUGGUCAAGUUUUGGGAAUUCUAUAGAGCAUGCACAAUCCAAUGAUGGCAAUAAAUACAUUGUUGCUUCCACCAGAAACUUACCCUUUCAUACUUUUUCCCAAACAUUUCAUUUGGACAAGGAAAAACUCUACACCUUCUCAGCUUGGUUUCAGGUAAGCCAUGGCAAGGCUGACAUAGCAGCAAUUUUCAAGGCAAAAUCAAGCUAUAUAACUGCUGGGUGGGUUACAGCACAAAGCGGUUGCUGGUCUAUGCUUAAGGGUGGUAUCGUUGUCAAUGCUUCUGCUCCUGCACAACUCUUUUUUCAGAGCAACAAUACAGCAGUUGAUAUUUGGGCAGAUAGCAUCUCACUGCAACCAUUUUCACAAGAUGAGUGGAAAUCGCACCAAGAUCUAGGCAUCCAAAAGGCGCGCAAGUCAAGUGUACGAGUACAGGCGGUGGACCAGCACGGGCGAGGCCUGGCUAACGCCACCGUCUCCAUAAAGCAGCUGCGCUCCGGCUUCCCACUGGGCUGCGCCAUCAACCAAAACAUCCUCCGAAACACCGCCUACCAGAACUGGUUCUUCUCCAGAUUCAAAUACACCGUCUUCGAAAACGAACUAAAAUGGUACUCCAUCGAAAAGUCCCGAGGCGCAGAAGACUACUCCGUCUCCGACGCCGUGGUGAAUCUCGCCAAAUCCCGCGGCGUCUCCAUCCGCGGCCACAACGUGUUCUGGGAUGACCCCAAGUUCCAGCCGCCGUGGGUGGCGGGUCUUUCGGCGGUGGAGUUGCAGACAGCUAGCUUCCGAAGGAUCAAUUCGGUGAUGGGCAAAUACCGCGGGCAGUUCAUCCACUGGGACGUCGUCAACGAGAACCUGCAUUUCAAUUUCUUGGAGAGCAAGCUGGGCCCCGACGCUUCCAAAAGAUUCUACGAGAGGGCCAACCAGAUCGACGCCCGAGCCACGCCCUUUCUCAACGACUACAACACCAUCGAGGAGAGCCGCGACGCCGCCUCCUCGCCGGGGAGUUACUUGAAGAAGAUCGCGCUCUUGAGGGCCCAGGGGUAUAAAGGUCCUUUGGGGAUUGGGGUGGAGGGCCAUUUCUCGUCCCCUCCCAACCUCGCCUACGUCAGAUCCGCCAUUGACGUCCUCGCUUCCGCUAGAUUGCCGAUUUGGAUUACGGAAUUGGACGUGGCGGCGGGCCCCAAUCAGGCAGCAUACUUGGAUCAACUGCUGCGGGAGCUUGGCUCACACCGCAGCGUGCAGGGGAUAGUUAUAUGGUCGGCGUGGAGCCCACAGGGAUGCUAUAGGAUGUGUUUGACGGACAACAAUUUCAGAAACUUGGCCACCGGCAACGUCGUCGACAAGUUUAGAACCACGUUAAGCAGCGGCGCUUCCGUUGGAACUACGGAUUCUGAUGGCUUCUUCCAAGCUUCGCUCUUCCACGGCGAAUACGAAGCCAACAUCACCGCCGAUCGCUUUUCGGAUAUUCAGACAUUUGAUAGUGGGCCAAACGAGGAAGUAACCAACAUCCAGUUCAAGAUUGAUUUCUCAGAAUCUUGAAUUUUACUUUGAUUCAUGAGUUCCACAACUUUUAG